AUUUAUCCACCCCUACCCCUGCCAACCCCACAAACCAUUUCUUCAGCCGCAGAUUUUUCUUGGGUUUUCAUCUCAAAUUUUCCUCGAGGCGGUGUGUAUACACACAGAAUACAUAUAUAAUCAGAUGGCAUCUAGAAAUUAACUUUUCGACCCCUUGGAUUUUGUUACCCUCUUUCCUCUUGAUUUGUCCUUCUUGUUUUGGCCGGUUAUCCAUUCCCGAAAAGGAAAAACCCUACAAUUUGAGCUUCAAAGUUAUUGUUGUAUUGUUAUCUUGUCAAGGGGGUUACAAUUGACAGUCUGGAAGUUAUAAGUUAAGAAUUGAAAUCACACGUUUUCAUCAAUUUUGUGGCCAUUUGUUAUGGGGUGAAGAGUUGGGAAAAUUUGGUUUCAUAUUGUUUGAUAAAGUUGGAUGGAGUGGGAUAGUGACUCGGAGUCUGAUCUGAGUGUUGCGGAAGAGGAGGAGGAGGAGGUGGGUGAAGGAUUGGGUUUUUGGUUGAGGAAGAGCGGUCCAGGUGAACUGCCGUUUCCCGUGGACACACUUCUGCAGCCGGCUCCUUGCGGGUUUACUGUCACGGAUGCUUUGGAGCCUGACCAUCCCAUUAUUUAUGUAAAUUCCGUGUUUGAGAUUGUUACUGGAUACCGCGCAGAGGAAGUUCUUGGUCGCAACUGUCGUUUCCUGCAAUGCAGAGGUCCAUUUGCUAAGCGAAGGCAUCCACUGGUGGACCCCACUGUAGUAGCUGAAAUAAGAAGAUGCCUUGAGGAAGGGAUUGAGUUUCAAGGCGAAUUGUUAAAUUUUAGAAAAGAUGGAUCCCCAUUGAUGAAUAGAUUGCGUAUGACCCCAAUAUAUGGGGAUGAUGAUACAAUAACACAUAUCAUUGGUGUACAGUUCUUUACAGAAGUGAACCUUGAUCUGGGUCCACUUCCAGGAACUUCAGCUAAGGAAUUUGCAAAAGCUUCUGAGAAAUUAAGAUUUAAUUUUCCUCCUCGUGGAGAAGCAUUAGAUGGGAACCGUAACGCUAGUCGUGGGGUUUGUGCAUUACUGCAGUUAAGUGAUGAAGUCAUUGUUCUGAAGAUUCUUUCAUGUUUGACUCCAAGAGAUAUAGCAUCUGUUAGUUCUGUCAGUCGGCAGUUUUAUGAGCUUACAAAGAAUGAAGAUCUGUGGCGAAUGGUCUGCCAGAAUGCAUGGGGUAGUGAAACGACUCGAGUCCUAGAGACGGUGCCUGGUGCUAAACGAUUAGGAUGGGGUAGAUUGGCAAGAGAACUUACCACUCUUGAAGCAGCAGCAUGGAGCAAACUAACUGUUGGAGGUACUGUCGAACCUUCUCGCUGCAACUUCAGUGCAUGUGCUGUCGGGAAUCGUGUGGUUCUGUUUGGUGGGGAGGGUGUCAACAUGCAACCUAUGAAUGAUACCUUUGUGCUGGAUCUGAAUUCCAGCAAUCCAGAGUGGCAACAUGUCAUAGUGGGCUCUCCACCUCCUGGGCGUUGGGGUCAUACACUUUCUUGUGUCAAUGGAUCUCAUCUUGUUUUGUUUGGAGGCUGUGGGAGGCAAGGCUUACUCAAUGAUGUUUUUGUGUUGGAUUUGGAUGCCAAACACCCUACUUGGCGGGAAAUCUCCAGUUUGGCCCCUCCACUUCCUAGAUCCUGGCAUAGCUCCUGCACCCUUGAUGGCACAAAGCUGAUAGUCUCUGGCGGUUGUGCAGAUUCUGGGGUGCUUCUGAGCGACACUUUCCUGCUUGAUCUUUCUAUGGAGAAACCGAUGUGGCGAGAGAUACCGGUAGCGUGGACUCCACCAUCUCGUUUGGGCCACACGCUGUCUGUUUAUGGUGGUAGAAAAAUUUUGAUGUUUGGUGGUCUUGCCAAAAGUGGUCCUCUGCGGUUUCGGUCCAGUGACGUUUUCACUAUGGAUCUGAGUGAGGAUGAGCCAUGUUGGAGAUGUGUAACUGGAAGUGGGAUGCCUGGUGCUGGAAAUCCAGGAGGAAUAUCUCCACCCCCUCGACUUGAUCAUGUGGCUGUGAGCCUCCCUGGUGGUAGAAUCCUCAUUUUUGGUGGCUCCGUGGCUGGUCUUCACUCCGCAUCUCAGCUUUAUAUACUCGAUCCAACUGAAGAAAAGCCUACAUGGAGGAUACUAAAUGUACCAGGACGUCCUCCGAGAUUUGCUUGGGGACACAGCACAUGCGUCGUUGGAGGCACAAGGGCUAUAGUUCUUGGAGGUCAAACUGGGGAAGAGUGGAUGCUUGGUGAACUUCAUGAACUAUCAUUAGCAAAGAUAUCAUCUAAUCUAGAAGGGAAUUGAAAGUUUGUGAACUUGGCAUAUAAUCAUAUCCUUUCGGACGGGUUUCAAGAAAGUGACUGGUCCCGAUUAAACAAUUCGCGGAGAUUGUCCCUACCAUUCAGGACACGUACUGUUGUAAUAUGGGGAACGAUCCAGCCAGCAGCUGUAACUAAACUUGUUUUCUUGUUAAAGCUCCUGGGAAUACGUGAGCUCGUGGCGUGAUCCCAGUUUAAUUUUGUGAGUUUUGUAUGAUAUUUAUUCAAUCAUAAACGCUUUGAACUAUUUGCUCCUCUCGAGGCUGCUUGUACUUGGUAGAAGUAUAGGUCAUCAAAUAUGUAGACUAGUUUCCAUAAUGUAUGUUUGUGGGGGCGCUCCAGGUUCUGUAAGUCGAAAUUUUAGAAAAACACGAAACAAUUCGCAACAUAACAUGUUGAGAUGUCGUCUCA